AUGAUAAGCGAUCAGCCAUCUACACAAAGGUAACCUCUCCGGGGCAAAACCUGUGCGGGAGAAGAAAGAUUUCAAGCCGUACAAUGGUCAUUGUGUUUAUCUCUGAGAAGGCGCUCCAAAAUAGUGUACAAGAGGUGACGGAUGGGCGUGAUUCCACGAAUGGUCGACUCACCCUGUGUAAUUUCCGUCAGAAUAGAUAAAUAAGAAAAAUAAUAAUAAUAUUAAUGACUGUUUAUUAAGACUCAUUGCAGCAAUAUACAGAAUGGCUGAAUUACAGAGCUAUUUACAAAACAUAUAAUACUAAAAUAUAAUACAAUAAAUCCAAUAAAUACUAGAAAAUAUAAUUGUACAAGCCACUAGGUAUACUUGGUCCUACAGGUAGGACGCGUGGAGCGGCUAAUGCCAGAUCUAAGAUUAUGAUUAUGCACAACCUCCUCUUGUUUGGGGAGCAUAAAAUGCAAGGGAUGAUUCUCAUUCCGGAGUCUAUCAAUAUAAACCUGGCAUAGAUGGGCGCGUCUGUCACUUAGAGUUGUUAAAUUAAGGGCAUUUAAUGCCUCGUUGUAAUUCAUUAAAGGAAAAAUGAUGCGCAUAGCCCUUUUCUGAAUGCUCUCAAUCUUAUAAGAUAGAAAAUCUGGUAUAUUUUUCCAGAAAGGAGCAGCAUAUUCUAGAACAUAUCUUAGUGUCCACAAUUAGCUUUUAGCUAAAUACCUUGACACUUUAAUAAAGUUUAUAUAUGUAUGUAGGUAUGUAUGUAACAGGACGAACAAUGGUUGUAUGAACCUUAGCCAGUGAAGCUGGAGGCGCACCACAUUGCUUAAGGACCCUUAAAGAGUACAGCCUCCUGUUUCCCUUUUGCACUAUAACUUCUACAUGAUGGUUCCAUUUCAGGUCAUUACUUACAUAAACGCCUAGUAGCUUAUAUGUCAUGACUCUCUCAAUUGUGUUACUACCAAUUACAAUAGGAUUUACAAUAAAAUUAUGAUUACUCAUAAAUUUAAUUAGCAUCUCCUUGCAUUUAGUAGGGUUCAACUUCAUUCUGUGAUCUUCAGAAAAAGCAUACAUAUCGUUUGUAACAAAAUUGAGUAGACUGGCACUGUUCCUAGGGAUUAUUUCAAGGGCUGUUGUAUCAUCAACAAACUUUAUUCUAAGGUUCCAUGAGCGCAAUAAAUUAUUUGUCAUGAUUGUAAACAAAAUGACUCCUAACUUGGUGCCAUGUGGUAUACCACCCUUGGGAGUUUUCCACUCAGAUAUAAUGUUCUCAAUCCUCACAGCCUGAGUCCUGUUACACAGAAAAGCUAUUAUCCAGUUAACUAGAUCAGGGUGCACAUGCAUGUUCCUCAGCUCCUCAAUCAGCACACUGUGGUCAAUCAUGUCAAAACCUUUAGAGUAGUCAGCAAAAAACCAGCCUAGCACCACAGCUCCCUGUAUCCGCUGCCUCAUACACAGCCUGCAGCAAAUAGACUAACGCGUCAGUGGUGCAAUGUCCUGCACGUUCAAACUGACGAGGGUCGAUCUGAUGAGACACUUGUGUAAUCAAGCGGUCCCGUGUGAAUCCCUCAAGCACCUUACCAAGAGUGCAUGUCAGAGCGAUGGGCCGCAAAUCGCUCUCUAUCUGCUGCGGAGGUGAGAUUUUAGGGACUGAGUUCAGCAGUGAGGCCUUCAAGGCAUCAGGAAAAUAACCCUCGCUCAGGGAUGCGUUGUAAAUAUCCUUGACAACUGGUGCUAGUUCUUGAGCGAACUCCUUCAGUACCCUGUUUGGGAUGCAAUCAGGACCAAUAGCUUUGCCGAUCUUCACAGCUGAGAGGGCCUGGAAAGCUUCCCUCUAAGAUACCAGGAAUUCAGUGGGAACUUCCUGAGGGGCCAAGACUUAAGGCUCUAGAGGUGUAAAAUGAUCUGUCAAACUGGUAAAAAAAUUAUUUACCUUAUUUGAGAGGGAGAGCAAAAUCCGGCCAAUCCUGCUUAAUAUCCUUUCCAGUCAAGCGUUUAAUAUGAUUCCACCAAUGAAAAAGAAAUCAACGAGGAUUUUUGCCUUUCUCAGGAAUGCUAUAUAAACCAUUUCAAAUUUCAAGCAAGACGGUUUUUCAGGACAUCUGGUAAACGCCGAGAAUCUUUAGGUAAAAUAUAUCCCAGAAUGUUCUAACAGCUCUUUGAAAGCUGGCAGUUUCCUUCUCAUAGAAAACAUGCAUGCAGUAGCUAGUAAGGCUACAGCUAUCUAGCUGGUAAUUCGAUUUAAUAGAACGAUUUUUUUCAAUUAGUUGACUGAUUAAUUGCAAUUUAACAAAGUUAUCGUGCAAUAAACUGAAAUAGUCCAGUUAUAUAUGAAAGGUGGCACUCUUAGUUACGUACUCACAGCUAAGCUCAUGUAUCAACGCGCAGAUCACAGCUAUUUGUGAGGAGGUAAACUUUGUAUGGCAACGUUUCGCACGGGUCACAGUAAAAGUUUUCUUUAUGCGUGUUUAACCGGGUUAAAUCGGGUGUAAAUUGAUCGAGAAUAUGAGAGUUUGGACACAGCUUGUUAAAUUAAUUAAAAAUGUGCUUGACUUCACAGACCUAUGGAUAGAGCUUUCAGAGUGAAUCUCGCAACACAUGGAGAAAACUGCUCGGAUCUGUCUUGCCCGCUGCCAAUGUGCGUAAAUUGGAGGCUGCAGAAGAGUAGAGGUGGGAAUCACCCGCAGAAAGACAAGCAAAGGGGACUUCCCAGGGCAGGUAGUAAAAGAAACAGACACGAGCAUUUGCAAACGAGGGAAUUUUUCGAUAAAGAGCUUCACGCUCCAAUUUGUAUAACCAACGAUAAUGAGGAGGAAAGGCUUAUGGAGCAGCUGCUUGUUGAUCUCGAAGAAAUACAAAAUGACGUUCAAGGCGCUACUGGAGGUGAUCUAAUGGCUCCUUUAGAGGCUAUCCCGAAUUGGCCCUCUCUGCCUUUCUGCCAUCCCCCAACAAAUCAAGCACACCAGCCCGUAUUUGCUUUUCUCCCUUCACAGCCUUCUAACCCUGCCGACUCAGGAUGUCUACUGCCGGACCCAGAGAAGUUCAUCUCCUUGGAUCCGUACGUCACAAACAAGCCAAACCCACCCCCUUUCACUGUGCCUGCCUUUGCUGUGAUGGAAUCCACAGAUCAAUCACGGGUAAAGAUGAGCAUUCCGGGCGAACAACCACUGCAAGCUCCCAACAAAUCUUGCAAACUAUUCGGAAUUCUUUCAGAGAUAUUUAAAAUGUUUGAGGAACCUGCGACAGCACAUCUUCAGACGAUUUACGAACAGGUUCUACAAAGAGCGCUAAGAGAGAUCAAGAGUGCCUGUAUCGAUCAAUCAAGACGCUUGAGUGGAUGUUCAUCUACAUCAUUACGUUUGCCUAAAAGAGAACGGUUUGUUUCAAAAAUGCAAUAAGGUUUGCUUGGCAUUUGGCUAAAUUGGUUGAUCGUAAUGUCACAGCUCUCGUAGUUCAAUGGGACAGUAGAACCCCGGUAACUCGAAUAGAUUACUGAGUGCGAAUUAAACUUAUCUCAUCAGAAAUUGUAACACGGUUAGGCAUUUCUAUGAUAAUACAGGGAAAUAAUUGUCAAAUACGUGAUCUGUUCGUUGCACUUAUUUAAAACAAAUUGUGGAGUCUUUUGUGUUACUUUUAGGUGUUUCACCGAUUUCACAACAAGAAACGCUAUAGGGCUGGCAGUCGUGGUGAGUUACAAGAUCUAGAAUUUGAUCAAGGGAAACGAAAUUUCGUUCGAGUUAGCGGGG